AUGUUUGCACUUAUCUUCUUCAUCCAACUUUCAAUAGGAUUUAUUAUGGAGGUUCCAACAAACGGAUUUCGGUGCAUUUCAGAUGAAGGGUUUGAUAAAGAAAGAGCAGCAGGAACAUACAGAUUAGCUGAAGGACAAUCAUUAGAUAAAAGACAAGUUGUAUUUAAAAUUUUUAGAGGAGAAACAGACAGAACCGAGAUUUUCAGUGCUGAUUUUGAUGACACAAAAAAACCAAGAGAGUUUGGUGCAUUGUACAACGAAGAUCUUGACAAGUUAUAUUUCUGUGUUAUUGAUUCUGCAAAUUCUCGUGGAAUUGAUCCUGUAAGAGUUGAAAUAAACUUUGAAACGGGUAAAGUUGAAAAUAAUUUUGUUGGUAAAGAUAAAAUAGAUACUGUAUCAGAUAAAGUAGAUGAUGCUUUAAAAAAUUCUGAAGCUAUUAAAGAGUAUGUAGAUAAAUGUAAAAAAUUAUAUGACACUCGUCGUGGUUUAAAUGAGGCAACAAAUUCUAUGACGUUGUGGAUGAUGAUCCUUGUUAUUUGUGCUGUUAUUGGAAGUACUCUUUACCAACUUCGUUCAAUGAAACAAUUCUUUUUGAGAAGAAAAUUAGUUUAA